AUGCGACCAGUGCUCCCUGAAUCUAGUUUCAUUGGUCAGCUAUCCUCUUAUUCCAAUGUGUACCAAAAUCUGUUUGGCGAUAUACUCUUCAAGAAAUUCACAAGCAUUAUCGCUCGUGAUCUGCGAGAUUUGGAAGAAAACCUUACUGCGCAGUUGAAGACCAUAAACUUGGCUCCUCCACCUUUGUUUGAGAAAACAUCCAACAAAUUUGACAAUCUUAUCGGAGUUGGAAUAUCUCCUGCCUUGGAGAAAUGUAUCUCUGCUUUUUACGCCGGCGUGCAAAAUGCUCGUGAUUCUUGCGCCAAGUAUGAACAAGUAGAGAUGGAUUCUCAGCCCGAGCGCAUUCGAGAAGCUCUAGCAACCGAGCUUUUUGACGUUGUCGAAAGGCUAUCAAAUCUGCGUCCACGCGACGAUGAUGGCAGUUCUGCCGGGGAACUGUCAAGGGCUCGCCUAUGUCUAGCUCUACUUCACUGUGAUUCAACUUCAUUCUGCCAAGCAAUGAAUAGAGAUGGAGAGAGAAUUUCCAAAGCCAGUCGCUUACUGAAAACUGCCGCCGAGGAUUCGCUGAGGUUUGUUUGCUACAAUUUUAAUCGUUUGAGGGCCUUGCUCCUAUAUCUUGCUUAUAAAAAUCUUUUUCUUUGAGC